AUGUACGUCAGAGGGAUGAGUGGUGGAACAUUUGACUCGCAGCGCGAAGAGCGCAUACCGGUGCUGCAGAAGGCGAAGAGAGGAAAGAGCACCAUGGAGAAGGAGCUGGGGGUUGAGUACAAGCAGUAUGGCUUCGACAUGCAAUUCAUCAAGAGAUGUCGGCGCAUCUACUCGAUCGCUCUCCCCCCGCUCAUGAGCGGGGAGGCGGCGCUGGUCGGGCUCCUGCUGUUCAUGAUCUUCCCGCCGAUGAUCACUCAGUUCCUCUUCGCCAUCCUGCCCGGCUGGACCAUGAAGACUCUUGUCAGCAGGAACCUGGCGGGCUUCCUCUACACGACCUGCAUCACCGCGGCCGUGGCCGCCCUGGACUGCAUCAUGGGGGGCCUGAAUUUCUUCCUUUCUCUCUACAUCUCAGUUCGGCUGCGUCGGAGGUUGACCCUGUACCUGCAAGAUCGCUACCUGUCCAACAAGCAGAUCUACUACCACAUGACCCAGCACUCCAACCUCGUCGACAACCCCGACCAGCGCAUCCAGAACGACGCGGCGCAAGUGACAGUCGGGCUAGUCACCCUGCUCUGUAUCAUAGUCAGCUCGCUGCUGCAGAUCUCGGUUUACACAUGCUACGUCACGUACGCUGUCGGGUGGCACGGGACGUUGAUGGUCUACUUCUACUACGCUGUCACUGCUGUCAUCAACAAGCUGCUCAUGAGCCCCAUCGUUGCUCUCACCUACAAUCAGGACAAGCUGGAGGGAAACUACAGGUUCCAUCAUGCUCGGGUGCGAACAGGAGCCGAGGCGAUCGCCUUCACUGCGGGAGAGGAGGAGACGAAAUUUGCAUUGAGCGAGGAUUUCAGGAAGGCUCUGAAGAACCAGACAGCUCAGAUUUUCAAGCAGUCCUACCUCAACUUGUUCACCGGCUUCAUCGGCAAUGGAAACGCCAUGCUCGGCUAUUGCAUCGCUGCGAUCUCAAUCUUCACUCAGCCGCAAUACGAGAAGUAUUCAGCUGCAGACCUCGCAGAGUCGAUCACGCAGCUGACGAGCGUCAUCGGAGGCCUCACUGGAUCCUUCACCGCCCUGGUCAAUGCUGCUCCUCUAGCUUCCAACUUGGCAGGAAAUGCUUCCCGUGUUGGGCAGAUGUUGGAGUUCAUGGACGUCAUGGAGGCAGAGAACGAGCGGAGCGGUCAGCAUCUCUUCGGGGAAGCGCCUCCCCCCGCUCAUAGCAAGGCCUCCAAGAACGAGCUGCUCCGGCUUGAGAGCUUGACCUGCCGCCUGCCGCAUGGUCGCCUCAUCGUCUCUAACCUGGACCUUGUGGUGGAGGAGGGGCGGAACCUGGUGAUCCAGGGGCCCAGCGGUUGCGGAAAGACGUCGCUGCUCAGGUACAUUCGGGGGUUGUGGCACCUCAAGCGCGAGCAGGGGAGGGUUAUCUCGCUUCUCCCCCUGGGCACGGGAGGGGUCAUGUUCCUGCCUCAACGGCCCUACGUGUUUGCGGGGUCCCUCCAGCGCCAGAUCACUUACCCUCGGGACGACCCGUACACCCCUGAGCUGUCAUGGGAAGAUGAAGGAGCCGGACAGGUAAUGAGCUGGAUGGAUGCACUUGAUUUGGGACAUCUUGUAACUCGCGCGGAUGGAUGGAAUACGAUCCAGCAGUGGCAUGACCUGCUCUCUCUCGGCGAGCAGCAGCGGCUCAGCAUCAUCCGCCUCCUCUACCACAAACCCGUCCUCGCCAUCCUCGACGAGUGCACCUCAGCUCUCAGCACGGAUACGGAGGAGCUGAUCUACAAGAUGCUCAUCGACCAUGGAAUCACUUUCGUCAGCAUCGCACAUCGGCCGACAGUCAUGCGCUUCCACGAGCGGACGCUGGUGCUGGAUGGGAAGGGAGGGUGGGAGCUCAGGGAGGUUUCUUCCUAA